GCCGCCCGGACAAAAACCCGUUUUUUGCCGUCUUACCUAAAAACUAAAAAAAUUAUUAUAAAUCACGAGACUAUAAAAAAAAAAUAAUGAAAAUGAAAUGUUCAAAUGACAACAUUUUCACAAAAAUAAACUCUAUAAAAUGGCCAUGUUCAAUUGUUUCAAAAAUAAAAAAAUAACUUUUUUAACUUUUUACUAAAAAAUGUUGAUUAAAUUAAAAAAUAAAAUAUGACGUGAAGUCCGUGUCUCUGUCUAAUAAAAAAAAGCAGAUUUAUGUAAUUUAUUUUAUUUAUUAUUUCAGGAGAUAUCCCGAUGGGUAAAUCUUCGCGAGACACCCUGUAUAGUCGAGUCGCCACAAUUUAUAUUAUGGAUUGAUGGAAUAUAUUCAUUGUUCUGCAAUAAUCGUGGUUCCGUGGUUUAGAACAUUGUAGUUUAAUCAGUUUGCAACCGCGGUAUAGGAAUAAAAUAGAAUUUUAUUUUUUCUUCACAUCCAUAAAAUACAAAUGAUAAUAUUACAUACGAAUGAUCAGUGAUUACAAUUUACAUAUUAUAUAAAUCGGUGAUCACCGUCCACCGACACCGAUGUCGAAUUACUGAAUUAUUUAUUUGCCUCCCGUUUUGCAAUUUAUUUUCAGGCAUUCUCUUCCGUCAAUAGUGUAUCGUCAACCAGAUUAAUCAUUCGAAAGGAACCGACUUGAAGCUUUUAAGAUAAUUCCAUAAAAAUCAUACGGUUUUCUUCAAUAUGGAGGACGACCUGCCAUCCAAGUAUGAAGUGAUCGUCAUUGGCACUGGUAUGACCGAGUCAAUUGUUGCAGCUGCUGCUAGUCGAAUUGGAAAACGAGUUUUACAUUUAGAUAGAAAUGACUAUUAUGGUGGUAUGUGGGCAUCAUUUACAUUUGAAGCUCUUCAAAAAUGGUUAGAUGAAUGUAGAAAUGGGAAAACAAAUGAUUUUGUGAAAACAUCUUCUCCAUUAGUGCAAGACACUGAGAAGUCUAUAACCAUAGGCAAUCAAUUUUCUACUGUAUUCAAUAUUGAAGAAAAAUGGUUUAUACCUGAAAAACUUCCUUCAGUUGGUAAUUUACUUAGUGCAAAAAUUACUCAAACUGAAGAUAGUCCAAAAGAAAGUAAAGAUGGACUGACUGAAACUGAAGCUACAUUAAAACAAAAUGAUAAACUUUGGUGUCAAGCUAAAAUUAAAACCAUGGGACGUAAAUUUAAUCUGGAUUUAGCGCCUAAAUUACUUUUCUCCCGUGGCACACUGGUAGAACUUCUUAUUUCAUCAAAUAUCUCUCGUUAUGCUGAAUUUCGAUGCGUAAAUCGUAUUCUUACAUGGCAGUCUGAUAAAUUGGAAACAGUUCCAUGUUCUCGAGCAGAUGUUUUUGCUACUAAGAAUGUUGGACUUAUUGAAAAAAGACAAUUAAUGCAACUAUUGACUUUGUGUGUUGAAUAUAAGCCAGAGAGUGGUGAAUUUAAAGGGUUUGAAGAUAAAACAUUAAAACAAUACUUAGAAAGCAAAGGCUUAACUGAAAAUUUAAUGCAUUAUGUAUUAUACGCUAUUGCAAUGUCAAAUGAUACGACACCAUGUAUGGUUGGUGUGGAAAGAACCCAACGAUUCCUAAGUAGCCUUGGUCGUUAUGGAAACACACCAUUUUUGUGGCCCAUGUAUGGCACUGGAGAACUUCCACAAUGUUUUUGUCGGCUAUGCGCUGUUUUUGGAGGUGUGUAUCAUCUGAAACGGGCAGCUGAUAGUGUUAUAGCAGCAAACAAUGAAUGUAAAGCUAUUUUAUCUGAUGGAUCAAGGCUUGAUUGUGAUCAUCUUGUAAUGGGUGUUGCUGAUGCUCCACCAGAAUUUUUAGGCUCUGUUCCUAAAGCAGGUCUUUCAAGAGGCAUUUUCAUAAUUGAUAGAUCAAUAUCUACCACUGAUAAGGAAUCUUUGACAUUACUUCAAUUCCCAAUUAAAGGAAAAGAGCCAAUAACAGUAAUUGAAGCUGGACCAUCCACUCAUGUUUGCCCACCAGGACUAUAUUUACUACACAUGACCACUAAACAAAUAGAUAAUGCAGUAAAUGAUUUAAAACCAGCUGUUGAUGCAUUAUUACAUUCUGAAUAUGCUGAUGGAACUACAAUUAGAAUAAAUACUGAUACUCAAUCAACCCAAACGUCAAAAGAGGGAGAUUCUUCUGCUUCAAGUGGGGAGUCAAACAUACUUAAUGAAUCAUUAAAACCUCAAAUUUUGUAUGCACUAUAUUUUAAUUGUCCUGAAACAUCUGAAUAUGAUCUAUCACAAAAUGUUCCGAGUAAUGUACAUUUGUGUUCAGGACCUGAUCUAGCAGUUGAUUAUGAAUUUGCUGUUAAACAAGCAAAAUCUAUUUUUUCAAAAAUGUAUCCAGAUUCUGAAUUUUUGCCCCGUGCUCCUGAUCCCGAAGAACUAUCUCUUGAAGUUGAUGAAGCUGCUGGGCCUCCUUUCCAAAGUUCUGAAGAACCUAAAGAAGAAUGAAUUAACUUAUAAAGUAUCCUGCAUUUGCUUUAAUUUUAUUAUGAUAGGCUAUUAUUUUAACAAUUUAAUUUAAGAUAGUGGUUAGCUUUUUAUACUUGUAUAACUGGUUUAUUAUCUACAAUUAAAAAAAAAUAUAUAUUAAAUUAUAUUUCUAUUUAAUAUAAUAUAUAUUUUAUAAAAGGAGUUCAUAUCAGAAAAGUAGUUGUUAUAAUUAAUAUUAUUUUUAUUGAAUAUUAAAAUGAAAAUAUUAUGUUUAUUAAAUUAAAUCAAUAAUAUCUUACUAAUAUUAAUAAUACGAUAAUAUCAUGCCUUUAUCAUGAGAGUCAAUACUUAACUAUGAAAUGUUAAAUCUCAAAAUUAAAUUUUUCAAUUUUGAUAAAAAUAAUAUAAUUGCAUAAAAUAUGUAUACAGUUUAAAAACAAUUUUUUUUAAUGACAGAAUUUGAAUGGAACAAUGUAUAAUUACUAAUUAGUUUUUAUAUUUUUUGUUUUAUCAUAAAUGUUAACACAACUGCAACAUCUAGAAUAAAAUAUUUAUUAUUAAAUCCAAAAUAUGAACUCCUCUUACCUACAUUCCCAAGUUUUUUUUUUUUAAUGAUAUUUGGCAAUUAAUUGUUUUUCUACUAUUUAAUUAAUCACUAAAUUACUAAAAUACAGUUUCACUGAAAGUAGUAAAAUAUCACAUAAUUGUAAUUGAUUUUGUAUAAAAAGACGUUAUAAAUAUUUCAAA